UCCAGAAAUUGCUAAAUUAAAACGAUAACAAAUAACUGCUAAAAAAUGGCCAGUUACGAUGCCUAUGGUACGCCAACUAAACCGGAUAGCAAUUGUCGGACAUGUACCGAUUUCAAAUCAUGGUCAAAACAACAGCGGAACAUAUUUCAAAAGGCAACUGAUGUAAGAGAUGGUAGCUCAAAGGAUUCAAAUAUGCCACGUGAAGAUUGUCCCUUAGAUAAAUCACGAUUGGGUCAAUCCACCUGGGGUUUGUUACACACCAUGGCGGCAUUCUAUUCAGAUAAUCCCACCGAUAAUCAAAAGAAGGAUGUGAAAACCUUCUUCGAUGUCCUCUCCCGGCUAUAUCCCUGUGAAUAUUGUGCCCAAGAUUUUCGUAAAGACCUCAAAGAAAAUCCCAUUCAGGUGAAUUCACAAAAGGAAUUCUCAUUGUGGUUGUGUGAAUUCCACAAUCGAGUUAACACGAAAUUGGGUAAACCCAUAUUCGAUUGCAGUAAGGUGAACGAAAGAUGGAGGGAUGGCUGGUUAGAUGGUUCAUGUGACUAA